AUGGCUAAACUCGAGCCCUACAAACAUGGGGUCUACCUCUGGCAAUAUCUCCCUUCGCUGGCAGCCGCGGUGAUCUUUGCAAUUAUCUUUGCGAGUGUAACGGUGGUGCAUUUCAUCAAGUUGAAAAAAUGGAGAGCUCGUUUCUGUAUCCCGUACGCCAUCGGCGGUAUCUUCGAAAUCAUAGGAUACGCGACUCGUGCUUGGGCACACUGCGCUUCCGGAGAAAUUAUGCCCUAUUCGAUUCAGAACGUCUUCAUUCUUCUAGGACCAGUCUUGUUCUCAGCCUCCGUCUACAUGGCACUAGGGCGAAUCAUGCGUAACACCGGGGGCGAGCAUCACUCGCUCAUUCCGAUUCGGUGGCUCACAAAGACCUUUGUGAUGGGUGAUGUCCUCUCUUUUGUGGUCCAGGGCGGGGCAGCGGGCUUGAUGGUGUCAGGGGACAAUGCGACUUUGGGCAAGGGUAUGGUGAUAGUUGGCCUACUCAUCCAAAUAUUCAUGUUUGGGUUUUUUGUUGUUACCGCAAUGGUUUUUCAGUUCCGUCUACAUCGACUUCCAACUCCAGGAGCCCGAGAUCCACGCAUCAACUGGCGUCGUCAUCUCUAUCUAUUAUACGGAGUAAGCCUGUUGAUCAUGGUACGCUCUCUAUUUCGGGUUGCGGAAUACGCCCUGGGAGAUACAGGAUACCCGCUCACCCAUGAGUGGACACUGUAUGUCUUCGAUGCUCUGCUCAUGUCGCUGUCUAUGGUGGUCUGGGUAGUCUGGUAUCCAGGGACCCUUUCUAGACCGAACAUGGACAUGGAAUUAUUAAAUCGUGGCGACCGUCACGACGGACUUUAG